GUAAAUUAUCGGGAAAACGACUUUUACCUUUUUCUUUUUUUUGUGCUAUUUCUUCUUUCAGUAACUCCGUGACGAAAUAUUUCAUGAAUGAGCAGAAAUGGCAAUCAAAUCCAAAAUUAGAAAUAUGCGGAUUACAAAUUAGGGGAUUAUUGCUUCUUAGCUCUUCAUAUCUUCUCGUUUAAUCCUCUCUUACUGAUUCAUCUGGGCUCUUUUCCCAGAAUUUGUCUUCAGCAACCUCCUCAAAUCUGUAGCUAUCGAUUCACUGACCCUUUUAAGGUAAGCAGUUUCACAUUACAAAUCUUAGGUUUUUGGUGAAUUUCAGCUAAGUUAGUUGUUUCCUCGUUUAUUGAGUUUUUGCUUGCAUUUUCUUCCAGAAAAUUCGGAAUUUCCCAGCCUUUGCAAAUCAGUCAUAUUUUUCUGGGUUUUCAUUGUAAUAAUAAAAGUUCAAUCUUUUGCCUGUAGAUGCAUCACUGUGAUUAAUUUUGGCUGUGGUAAAGAAUUGACAUUAAAAGAUCCCAUUUUGCUGGGAAAAUUGCAAUGAAUGCUCAAUUCCUUGACUUGUAUCCGUGACCUCUGUACUUUGUCAUCAAGAUAGUUGCUUUGGUGGUUCGGUGCUGCAGAUAAUCUGUUUGGUUUAUGUUUUGAUUAUGUUUCGGUGGUUUUUCUGUUGCGUGAGCUGACAGCAGUUGUUCUUCAAAUUGGGAUUAGUUUGUUUUCUUUGGAAUUAUAAGUUUAAAAAAAAGUAGUUAGUAUCACUUGGUGAUGGAAUAUCAUCGAGAGAAUUCGUUCACCAGUGGAAACGUUGUCCAAGUUCUGUCUGGGAAUCCUGGAAAUGGAGUCGGUGGAAAUUGGGGGCGUUUACCUGCUGAUCAGGGAGUUUGGGCAACUGACGAUGAUUAUAGGGUUUGGAGUCGAGAAACUUCAGUUGAAACCAAUUCAAACUCAAAUUUUGAUGUUAGGCAGUCACAGUCAGGGGGUGAACCACCACAAAAGAAAUCUAGAAACUCUCAAAUCGAGGAUCUGAGUGCUAGCAACCGAUCAAAGGCAAUAGGGAAAAUGUUCUAUAAGACCAAACUAUGCUGCAAGUUUCGGGCUGGGACUUGCCCCUAUGUUACUAAUUGUAAUUUUGCUCAUAGUAUCGAAGAACUGAGGAAACCACCUCCUAAUUGGCAAGAGAUAGUUGCUGCUCAUGAGGAAGAAAGGGCAAUAUCUAUGGAGCCCCGGGAAGAAUUUCAGAUACCAUCUCUGGUGGGUGGUGUGGAAUCUCAGAGAAACUAUAAAGGGCGACACUGCAAGAAGUUCUAUACUGAAGAAGGUUGUCCAUAUGGCGAUAAUUGUACAUUUCUUCAUGACGAGCAGUCCAAAGCUCGAGAAAGUGAAGCAAUAAGUUUGGGGCCAGGAACUGGAGGUGGAUACAGUAAUAGUCCAACAGCAGUAAAUUUGAAGCCUUCAAAUUGGAAAACAAGAAUUUGCAACAAGUGGGAAAUGACAGGUUAUUGUCCAUUUGGAAACAAGUGUCAUUUUGCCCAUGGAGCUGAAGAGCUGCAUCAAUUUGGUGGGAGUGGUGCGGAAUCGGAAUUGGCGACGACGCCAUCUGAACCAAAGCAGGGGGCAGUGCCUUCGAAAACUCCAGUUGAUGCUGUAGUUGGAGCUUCGACACCUUUGCCUCAUCCAGACGGUUACCAUGUUGGAGUUCCUGCACAGAAGUUAUCAAAUAUGAUUCAGAAGAGUGGGCCGAGACCCCAUCUGAAGUGGAAGGGUCCAGACAAAAUCAGCAAAAUAUAUGGGGAUUGGAUCGAUGACCUUGAGUAGAGACUUCAGAUUUUCCUGAAUGCUUGGUAGGAAACAAAAGCUUGGCUGUGUUCUGAAAAGUUAACUUAAAUGAUGAGAAUUAGCUUUGUACCUUGAAGUUUGCAGUACUUGAAAGUGUUGUACCUUAGUGUAUAAGCAAAAGGAUGGAUUUGUGUAUUGUCACCUGGAAGUUGUGUCUUUGAAUGUUGUAUUCAGCAAUUAUAUAGCUAGUCUGCCAUCCAACUUUUGUUUUGUUUUGUUUUUUCUUUCUUUUUUCUGUACCUAUUUUGAUUCUGAUUUUGUUUCCGUGGUCACAAAUCUGCUGUCCAGCAUUUUCACAGAGGACUUGCUUUGGAUCCUUGAAGAGGUUGCAGGGUUCGACUCAGAGUAGCAAUUUGUGACGCCUAAACGAAUAUAUAAUGAAAAAAACUCAACAUUUACCGUAGUAACAAUGUAUGCAUAAUAAUUUGGAAACUUCCUCAUGAUAAUAAAACAACGUGA